GGAAUUGUGAAGAGGGGCGAGAGACAGAGACCACACCCAAACACUUAUCGCCAGAGCUCCACCUCGACAAUGGCCGCCGCUUUCUCCUCCUCCUCCUCGUCGCCGUCCGCCGCGGCAUCCACCCACCACCCCUUCCCUUUCCCGGCCCCUCCAAACCCGCCCACAGCCCACCGCCUCCGCCUCCGCAUCCGCCUGGCCGCCUCCAGGUGGGUGAGCCGCGGCAGGGCCCCGCCGGAGCGCGGCGCCGGCGCGGCCAACUCCAUAUGGGUCAACCCGGCCGCCCCGUCCCGGCCCGGCCAGGCCGGCCAGAAGCUCCGCCGCCUGGUCCAGCUCGGGGACCUGGACGCCGCGCUCCGCCUCCUCGGCGCCUCCCCCGACCCGCCGGCCGUCGUCGCCUGCAACAUCCUCAUCAAGAAGCUCUGCGCGCAGCGCCGCCUCGCCGACGCGGAGCGCGUGCUCGACGCGCUCAAGGCGGCCGGCGCGGCGGACCCCGUCUCCCACAACACCCUCGUCGCCGGCUACUGCCGCGACGGCCGGCUGGCGGACGCCGAGCGCGCCCUCGCGGCGGCGGCCCUCUCCGGGGCCGCCAACGUCGUCACCUACACCACGCUCAUCAACGGCUACUGCCGCUCCGGCAGGCUCGCCGACGCGCUCGCCCUCAUCGCCUCCAUGCCCGUCGCGCCGGACACCUACACCUACAACACCGUGCUCAUGGGCCUGUGUGGCGCCCGGCAGUGGGAGGACGCCGAGGAGCUCAUGGCCGAGAUGGUCAGGAACCAUUGCCCUCCCAACGAGGUGACGUUCGCCACCCAGAUCCGCGCUUUCUGCCAGAACGGGCUGCUCGACCGCGCCGUUCAGCUGCUCGACCGAAUGCCUAGGUACGGAUGCACGCCCGAUGUUGUCAUUUACAGCACCCUGGUGAAUGGGUUCUCGAAGCAAGGGCGUGUCGACGACGCCAUCGAGCUGCUCAACGGCAUGCUCUGCAAGCCCAACACUGUUUGUUACAACGCCGCGCUGAAAGGUUUGUGCAUCGCUCAGCGUUGGGAGGAUGUCGGAGAGCUGAUUGUGGGGAUGGUUAAGAAAGACUGCCUGCCAAACGAAGCGACAUUCAGUAUGCUAACCAGUUGCUUGUGCCAGAAUGGGCUGGUUGAUUGUGCGGUGGAAGUCCUCGAGCAGAUGCACAAGUAUGGGUGCAGACCUGAUGUUGUCAUUUACAAUACGCUGAUAUAUUCCUUUUCAGAACAAGGGCGUGUGGAGGACGCGCUCAAGUUACUAAACAGCAUGCCGUGCAGUCCUGACGUCAUUAGCUUCAACGCCGCGUUGAAGGGUUUAUGCAGAGCUGAGCGAUGGGAUGAUGCCGAGGAGCUUAUAGGGCAGAUGCUUAGGGAGGACUGUCCCCUAAUUGAAAUGACUUUCAAUAUACUCAUUGAUUCGCUGUGCCAGAGUGGCCGGGUAAACUACGCAAUUGAAGUGUUUGAGCAAAUGCCAAACUUUGGAUGUACACCUGAUAUUGUCACAUACAGUAGCCUUAUUAAUGGCCUUUCUGAACAAGGGCUUGUCGAAUCAGCCAUUGAGUUGUUUCAAAGCAUGCCAUGCAAGCCUGAUAUCUUUGGCUACAAUGCUGUGCUGAAGGGUUUGUGCAAAGCUGCGCGAUGGGAGGAUGCUGGGGAGCUUAUAUCUAAGAUGGCUAGAAAGGAUUGCCCCCCAAAUGAAAUCACAUUCAAUAUACUAAUCAAUUCCCUGUGCCAGAAAGGGCUUGUUGAUCGUGCAAUUGAGGUUUUCGAGCAAAUGCCAAAGUAUGGAAGUACACCUGAUAUUUUCACAUACAAUGCCCUUAUCAAUGGCUUUUCUGAACAAGGCCGUCUGGAUGAUGCCCGCAAGAUAUUAAGCACCAUGUCAUGCAAGCCUGAUGCCGUGUCCUAUAAUUCUGCAUUGAAGGGUUUAUGUCGAGCUGAACGAUGGAAGGAAGCAGAGGAGGUUGUGGCUGAGAUGCUUAGAAAGAAGUGCCCUCCAAAUGAAGUAACAUUCAAGUAUGCUAAUCGAUUAUUUGUACCAAACAGGGUAACUUGAGUCAACCUUUUGAAUCUCUUCAGAAAAUGCCAAUUAUGAAGUUAUGCUUUGCCAUCUACACUGCCCCUGCCAAAGGAGAUUUUGUAAGCAAGAGCCUGAAGGGUACUACAGGCCUGCCACAGUCUGCUCUUAUGCUUCAUCAAUGGAUUUGUGUAGAAAUGAGCAACAGGAUACUGCCAGAGUUUCUGGUUGAGAUCAGCGCGGAAAGGCUAAUCCAAAUAGUGCAUCUUUUGGUUGGCCGGGAUCAUGGCCCGGUCCAUGCUAGUGCCAGAAAACGCGAGGUAGGCAACUGGAGGCAACGAGGACACGGUGGAGGCCUACAUCUCUCCAGCUAACCUUUCAUUUCCUGCAAUUUGCACAAUCAAACUGAGACGACUGUGCUGCCACCUACCUCUCUCCGUGCAUGAGCGCCGGUGACGAUGACAAGGUGGCUUGCUUCUCUCCUAUAUUGCAACUGCUGCUAGCAGGAGGGAGCUUCUUGAUUAAGGAACAAACUAUAUUUUAUUGUAAGGAGAAAAGUCAGUUGCAACAAAUAAUUAUUUGUCAGUUACCAAGUGUGCUCAGAUGUAUUAUUCUAUCUGAAAUGGUUGAAAAUUGAAAAGCAUUGUACUUCUGAGUAAUUCUGAAAACCCAUGGUUUCAUUCAUAUCUGGGUAAUUCUGCUCAUGCACCUUCUCCAUGGAAAUUCUGGAUGAUGUGUAUGUGUUACAAUCCAAAUAGCUGCUCGGUCAGCUUCUGAAGAUGGGAAGUUCAGAGUUCAAGCAAACAAAGUGCUGUGCUACAGGAUUUGUGCAGAGCUGCGCGAUGGGAGGAAGCUGGGGAGAUGAUAUCUAAGAUGGCCAGAAAGGAUUGUCCCCCAAAUGAAGUCACAUCAAUAUACUAAUCAAUUCCUUGUGCCAAAAAGGGCUUAUCGAUCGUGCAAUCUUGGUGGUUGAGCAAAUGCCAAAGUAUGGAAGUACACCUGAUAUUUUCACAUACAAUGCCCUUAUCAAUGGCUUUUCUGAACAAGGCCGUCUGUAUGAUGCCGACAAGUUAUUAAGCACUAUGCCGUGCAAGCCAGAUACCGUUUCCUAUAAUUCUACAUUGAAGUUCAUGUAGAGCUGAGCGAUGGAAGGAAGCAGAGGAGGUUGUGGCUGAGAUGCUUAGAAAGAAGUGCCCUCUAAAGGAAGUAACAUUCAAUUAUGCUAAUCAAUUGUUUAUACCAAACAGGGUAACCUGAAUCAACCUUUGAAAUCUCUUGAGAAAAUUCCAAUAAUAUAAAGUUAUGCUUGGUCA